AUUGACUCUGCAAUCGAAUCGUAUUGGAAGCUGACCAAUUCGCGCUUUUUCAACAGGACACAAAUGUUAGCACUUGCUUUUAGAAGUAAUUCAUAUUCGCCUUGCGAAAGAGCAAGAUGGCAUCACACAUCCCAGUUUUGGAUUUUAAUGAAUUCCACAAUCCAGCAACUAGAGCAGCUUUUGGUAAACGUCUAGUGGAGGUUUUCUGCAGCACCGGGUUUGUCUAUCUGAAAAACCACGGCGUUGAUCAGCAGCUGAUCGACGCAGCAUUCCAGGCUUCCAAAGACUUCUUUACUUCGCCAAUCGAGAACAAAAAGAAAUAUUCGCGUCCGACUGGAUUUGACGCGAACGCCGGUUACGUUUGCCAGGGAAUGGAACGGCUGAACGCUUUCCUGGAUAAAGAGCAUGAAACGAUAGAAGUGCGGGAAGCCUAUAAUUUCCUCCCUUUCGACCUCGCGAGAGUGCCUCCCGCUUUACCGCUGGCCACGUUUACAAGACUGUUCCAUGCCUCCUGGGAACUGACCAAAAAGAUCUUUGACUGCUUAGCAGUGGGCCUGGAUUUGCCGGUGGCCGAUCUGUUCCAGCGCAGUCACGCCCUGGUUGGUCAGCGGGGCAAUCCGACCACGCUGCGCACUCUGUGGUAUCCGCCCGUGGAUGGCGACGCCGGGGCGAAAGACCACUUCACGCGCUGUGGUACACACUCUGACUACGGCACGCUGACGUUGUUAUAUCAAGAUGAUGUGGGAGGAUUAGAGGUGGAGAAUCGGAAGGACGAAUUCGUCCCGGCCACACCCAUGCCCGGCUGCGUGCUGGUCAAUGUGGCUGACCUUUUACAAAGAUGGACAACGGAUAAACUCCGCUCUACGCGUCACCGGGUAGGGUUUAGCGGGAAUGUUGCCAAUCAGGCUCGACAGAGCAUGGCUUUCUUCGUGCAUCCCGAUGAUAAUUAUGUCAUUAGAUGCCUCGACGGAUCAGAGAAAUACCCACCGAUAUCGGCCGGAGAAUAUUUGCAAGAACGAUUCAAGCAGACAUAUUAAGUUACUUUUUUUAGUUGAUGUCGCGUCAACACUUGGCAGUUUUGUCCAUAAACUUCAUUCGUACAGAUACUUCGUGGUUAUAUGCUAUUAAUAUGUCGUGUGAAUUAUAUCAAGCAAUGGGAUCAUUUUUUUUUAUUAUCUUUCCUACAGUAGCCAACUUAUUCAGCGUAAGCUGAUGAAGAUAUCUUACCAGGCUAAUGGAAA